GCCCUCCCUCGUUCUUCCUUUCACGUUCUUACACUUUCUUUGCUAAACCCCUCAGCAAGCGGUCGGUUCUCCGGCGUCUGUCUCGGGGGUGCGCUCGACAAUCUAAGACAAGUCAGCUAGCGAAGGCAUCAUGGCAGGCGUGCCGCCGCCCGUGAAGUCCGCGAAGGCGGGGCUGGAGGAGACCCCGGUGGAGCAGCAGGUGCAUAACAUCCGCAUCACGCUCAGCUGCAUGAACAACGUCAAGAGCCUCGAGAAGGUGUGCGCGGACCUGGUGCGCGGCGCCAAGGAGAAGCGGAUCAAGGUGAAGGGCCCCGUGCGCAUGCCCACCAAGGUGCUCCGCCACACCACGCGCAAGUCGCCCUGCGGCAACGGAACGAACACGUGGGACACGUUUGAGCUUAGGGUGCACAAGCGCGUGAUCUACCUGGUGAGCCCGUCCGAGGUGGUGAAGCAGAUCACCUCCAUCAGCAUCGAGCCCGGCAUCGAGGUCGAGGUCACCGUUCCCCAGCGCCUAGACCACUGCCACGGUCCGCCACCACUGCCUCGACAAUUCCCAGGGGCCGUCACCUAUGCUUACGGCUCCAAGCCGCUGUCACCAGUGAACUGCUUGUGUUGCGUCUCGUUGAUACUAGUGGAGACAUGGUAGUAAAUAUUGUGGUGCACACAAGGCAUACUCUAAUGAAUCACCAAGAGAUGACGUAUGGCCAAGUAAGUCCAGGAGAAGACAAGCACUGGGUACAUGGUAUACAGAUCAGAUCGGAUCAGAUCAGAUCAGAUCGGAUCAGAUCAGAUAAAAAGUUCCAGUGUAGCAGAGAAGAGUGACAAUAAAAGUUGUGUUGUGCA